AUGUCCAACAACAGGAUUGACGUACCCCGGCGACUCCGGCGCGCCAUCCUACUCAACGACCUCGCCCUCGUCCAACGCAUUAUCCGCAACAACCACACGUACCUACGCAAUCCCGACUUCGAAGACCGCUCCAACACAUCGCUGCACCUCGCUGCGAAACAUGGCUUCACUUCCAUCGCCGAGUUUCUCGUCGACGCGGGCCACGAAGACGGAAUGAUCAGCCGUAACAACGACUGGGAAACGCCUCUCAUGCUGGCCGCAAGCGCUGGAAAGGAAGAAUGCGGCGUCUACCUCGCCAAGCGCUUCCCCGAAUCCGUAGACUGGAAGAACAAAGCCGGUCUCGACGCGUUGAUGCUGGCGUGUAAAUCUGGUUCGGGGACACUGCAUCUCAUCCCCGCGCUGAUCCUCCAUGGACCCAGUAUACUUUCUGCGAGCGACGCGCAGGGCAACACGGCGCUGCAUCAUGCUUCUGCGGCGGGAGAAUUGAAAGCGCUAAGGAUGUUACUGCAGUAUGGAGCGAAUCCGCUGGCGAGUAAUAGCUACAGCUGGACACCUGUUCAUUACUCGGCCACCACAGCGGCAGAAGCAUAUUUCAAGACUCUCAUCAUCGAGUUUGAGAAGAAGAAGGCAGAAGGGAAGCGCGCGGUCAAGGAGAGGGAGCGGCAGCGUACCGCAGGCGUCAGGCUGGUUACUGAUGCCGAGGGUUUGGGAGGUGCGAAUGCAGGCGUGCCAGAGGGGAGGGCUUCCGUUGAAAGCAACAGACAGCGGGCGAGGGAUGACGCGGCCAUUGCAGGGCUUCCGGCGCCCGGUAUGAUGGAAUGGAGCCCUAUAGAGAGGAGGAGAGCUAUGACGCCCACUGAGGGCAGGGGGUGGACAUUUACGCCUGAUGGAAUGAGGCCGAGGGCUGAGACCGGCGAGUCUAUAUAG